AUGAGUAAUGGGAACAUAAAAGACAUACGAGAUUACUUCUCCGUGAGGCUAAGUCUCUUCACGGUUUUUAAAGGUGGGCAUGGAAAUGAUGUGCAAGGGAGGAGGCGACGUAGUCAUGGGGUGAAGGACCCAGGCGUCGCCCCGGGGGAAGCGGCCUCCUCUCCCCCCGCCAAUACGGCAAAUAUCGCACAUGCUGUUAACGCGGCAAACGAGGGAGGCGCCGCUAAUACGGACGAUGCAGCGAGCGCCCCGAACGGCGGGGACAAGGCCGUGUUGCUGCGUAAAAUGAAGAGGCUGGACAAAUUCAAGUACCUCCAGAGGAAGAGGAAAAAGAAGCAUCUGAGCAUACCAGCAGAUGGGAAGGAAAGACUUCAUCCAGGAAGGGGACACUCAAAAAGGAGAGUGGUGCCCCUCAUUCAGUCAAAAGGAGCUACCGCCAGAGUACGAGUAGGUUUAACAAGCGGAGUAGACUCCAAGUCAAAUCGAUAUAAAAGGAGAGAAGAACCUCCACAUGGUAAAUAUACAAACGAGGAGAAAAUGUCUAGUGAAGAAUUUGAAGCCAUUUGCUAUUUUCUUAUGGACAAGGAGUUUUAUAGCCACCCGGUCAGCAUCAACUGUGCAGGAUUUGGCACAAGGAAAAACAGCCACCAUGCCAACCGACUUAGUGAAAAGGGUGUGAACCCUUUGGGGGAGGACAUGAAGAAAUCCACACGAGUAAAAAAAAAGGACAAGUGGAACAACUAUGAUGAUCGAAUUUCUGAAAAUCUGGCGCAGAUGUUACGCACGUCCGAUAGGAACGGUUCUAUUUCAGGGAAGAGAGAGACGGGGGUAGGUGAGCAAUUUUGUGAGAACACAUUGGGGGGUAAUAAUUUGACCAGUGGGGGAGGAGAGCCCCCUGAAGGUGCCACUGCUAAGUGUGGAAGUAGCCGUGAUAACUUCUCUGAGGACUCCACGACGAUACCGAGAAACAGAAAAACGAAAGCGAUACGAAGGAACCUGUAUACAAUAAAUCGAACCCUAAAUUAUCCCAUUAGGCAUUCCCAGCUGAGUCCAGACAGCUAUUUAUUUUUUCUCAUCAAACAUAAAAAAAAAAAAAAUUGGAAAUUUUAUUCCUACUGUAGGGUAUUCUCCCCCAGUGGUGUGAUUAAACAGGGACUUCAAAUUAAAAAGUUGUAUCAUCUCGGAAGGAAGGAAAAAAUUCAGGACGUCAUUACCUCCGCGUUGAGGAAAAAAAUUGCUCAUGUGGAUGAUAACAAUUCUACGAGGGGUACUUCCUACCAGGGAAUAAUUUCCUUUUUGCAAGACAACAGUGUGUAUCGCGAUUUGUUAUGUUUGUACCGUACUCCUCGAAAGGGAAGUGUGAAAAAUGUUCUAAGUGAAGCCUCCUCAGAAAGGGACAGUCAUCAUAGUGUGCUGCCUUUAUUGGAGAAAAAAAAAAAAAAGCGAAAUGUUCGUAAGCGUGUGUAUGUAGGUGAUGGGACGGAUGGCCCAGAGGACGCACUGGAAUGUACGACCCCCGUGCGUAUUGAUAAAAGACACGAACAGUUGAUAUAUCCUAUAGAAGGAGGAAACCCUUGCCUCCUCCAAACAAGUGACACCUUCUACCAAUCAAUGAAACAGUGCAGUCGUGUAGAACGAACAACAACGAAAGCACAAAGGUUGUAUUACCUUUCGUGUGACCAACAUUGGGGAAAAAAAAAAAAAAAAAAAAUUAUGACCAGUCAGGUAAAAAUAUUGCAGAGGAAGGUGCGCCAGUACGAAGGGGAAUUGUUUUGCGCCGGGGGAAGGAGACGUUAUAAGUGUGGUCAGCCUGGCCAUCUCCUUGAGGAGACCUUGCCGAAGCGGAGCCGGGUGGCGGCAUCCCUAAGACGAAUAUCAGAAAUGUACGCCCAGUGGAAGACAAAGGAGGAGAGACACAUCGCUGGGUUCCUUUUUUUUCACUUUUGUCUUUUUAACAAACGUUGUGUAUACUAUGGAGACAAGAGGGGAGGGGACGAUCAGGGGGGAAGUGAUGGAAGGGAGUCUUGCCCAACCAGUUGCCACCCUGAUAAUUGCGAUGACGGUGAUUAUAGAAGUAGCUGGUUUUUCAACUCCUUCGAUUAUGUGGGUGAAGUGGAUGGCGCGUCAGGGGAGGGCACUAAUUUGCUCGUGGAGACCUUCCUGAAAAGGGUAAAGAGGCCUCUCAGGGUGGGAAAAGAACCACUGCAAAGGAAUGAAACGUUGGGUGCAGUAGGAAUGGAGGGAAAGGGUCCAGGGAAGGAAAAAAAGCGAAACGACAUAUUCGAUCAUAUGAACAAGUACGCAAGUCGCAUCAGCAAAAAUAUUCACCUGGCGAACAGAAGUAGAUACGAUGAUUACCCGUUUGACUUUUCUCUGCAGAAAGGGGAAGGUGGGUGGAAUGACACAGCCGAUGCAGCUCCAGCGAUGGAAGAAAUAAAAACGAUAAACACCAUUUUGAACACACCAGUAAUUAAGCUAAAUGAAGCAGAGAAAAGGUGCUUAUGGAAAUUCCGUCUUCAGUUAGUGAACAGGGAAGACGCCCUGGGGAAAUUUGUAAAGAAUAUCAACUGGGACAACCAGCAAGAGAAGGAUGAAGCCACGCAGUUGUUAAAUUAUUGGUCUAAGCCUUCUUUGGAGAAUUGCCUUGAAUUGUUAAACUGCCACCUCCAGCGCACAGUUAUUAAAAAGUACGUGAUGCAAAUAAUUGCGCAAGCGAAAAAGGAUCAACUAAAGUUGUAUCUGUUUCAGCUGGUGCAAAGUCUUCGAGUUUUUAACCACCAGCCGAUUGACGAUUUGUUUAUUGAAACAUUAAUUAACAAGUGCAUCACGUCCAAGAAGCUUUCCAUUUUUCUCCAUUGGUUUUUGUUAAGCGAGACCAAGGACAAGUGCAAAGGGAACCUCUACAUCCACAUACAUAAAUUAUUCAUUACAAAAUUAAUGACUUCGAAUUUAAAAAAAAAAAGAAAAAUUUUAUCUAUUCUGAAAAAUCAAAACCGAUUUAGGAACCAAUUGCUGUACCUCACGAAAAUUGCCAAGAGCAAGUCUGACCGGAUCCAUAACAAAACGAAAAAGCUGAGGCAGUUCCUCUUUUGCUAUCGACAGAACUACGGCUGCGUGGUGAUUAAAGACUUUAUAAAGAAUAACAUCUUCGUGUCGGACAAUGAGGUGUACGAUUUUGUUUCUCCCCGGGGCGCGCGCCAGGGAGAGGCAGACGUGGAACAAGUACAAGCGGAACAUUUAGAAGCGGACGGAGCGGAAGCAGAAGCAGAGGAAGAAGGCGUUCCCGCGCAACACGUGGGCGAGGAAGAUGCCGAUUCAGUACACCACCAGAGCGACGUGUGUAACUCCGUCUACUACCUACACGGCGAGCUGAGCAUCUGUGCGGACCCCGGGGCAGACACCUACUUCUUCCAGUACGAGCCUCGGGGUGCGCAAAUCGCGCAGGGGGCGCUGCCCGCCUCGCACAGAUCAACCUCCGAGGUCAGCACGGAGGACAGCAAAACUGUCACCUAUAUAGACGACUCCAGGGGGGUCCCUAUGGAGAGAAACAAAGACACCUCCUUCUUCUCCAACCUCCUGCAGCUAAAUGACAACUUCGAUUUCUUCCUGAGCGCAACAUACAGUGAUGAGGACAAUAAUAUUGACAUCCUGGAUGACUCCAUAAGUCUCGUCAGGAAGCAAAAGAUAAAAAGAAUCAGAGCUCCGCUAAUUCUGCCUAUCGAUCCAGAUAUAGAAUUUUUGAGCUUUUUACCUGAACAGUCAUACGUUUUGCGAUCUUCUCUGUACCCAAUUGUAAUAGCGUGCCUGGUCAGAAAAAAAAUAAAAUUGGCACAUGAGCAUUUCCACAAUUUGAUAAUUAAUGAACAAAAGUAUUUGAAAAAAAAUGUAAAAAAAAAAAAAAACUAUUCCAUGUACCAUUCGUUCAACUCUAAGUUUUUAAAAUCUCUGUAUAGCUCCUUUGACUGUGCAUCCGAUUUUGAGCAUCAUUAUAAAAAAGUGAAGUGGGAAGGCAAAAACAUUUUUUAUGAUGGGAGGAAGGUGGAAAAAGUGGGCUUGCAAAAAUGGGUCCCUGGGGACAGUGCAGAGUGUCCACGUGAAGAGUGUCCAAGGGAAGAGUGUCCACGUGAAGAUUGUCCAAGGGAAGAGUGUCCAAGUGAAGCCGCCCCAAGUGCAGGCUCCCCCCCAAACGCAGGAGUGGUGAUCCACCACGAGUCGGAAAGUAACUCACACAAUAAACAGCGCGCAAAGAAGUACAACGAAAUAUAUGAACUCUCCAUUAAGAAAUACAUUUACAAAGCGGGAGAUGAUUUGAGACAAGACCAUUUGGUCAUACAGAUAAUAUGCAUCAUUGAUAACAUGUGGAAACGGUAUGGACUGGAUUUGAAAUUAACUCUUUACAAAGUUCUCGCCCUUUCCACAGAUGAUGGCUUUAUCGAAUUUGUCAACUAUGCAGAAUCUAUAUCUUCUAUUAAAAAGAAUUAUAAAGGAGAAAUUAGACAAUACUUCAUGGAAAAUAAUAUGGAUUCGAAUUGUCCUCUCGGAUUUGAUGUCACAAUUUUGGAAAAUUUCAUCUCCAGCUGUGCAGGGUAUAGUGUCAUCACUUACUUACUGGGCAUAGGAGAUCGACAUUUGGACAACCUUAUGGUUUCACGAGAUGGAUGUUUUUUCCACAUUGACUUUGGGUACAUAUUUGGAGAAGACCCUAAGCCCUUUUCUCCCCCCAUGAAAUUGUGCAAAGAAAUGAUCGAAGCUAUGGGUGGAGCCCAUAGUGUCGGUUAUGAACAGUUUUUAAAAAAGUGCUGUCUGGCGUAUAAAUACCUGCGCUACCACUCCAAGUUAAUCAUUAGCCUGCUUGAAUGCAUGUGCGAGUCUGGAUUGAAGGACAUGAAAAUGAGCCCCGAGUUGUGUGUGCUCAAGGUUCAGGAAAAGUUCAGACUGGAUUUAAACGACGAGGCCGCGGAGGUUUACUUCUUGAGUGUCAUCAACUCCUCCGUCAAGACGCUCUUCCCCGUCGUGGUGGACAAGCUGCACGAAUGGGCCCUCAACUGGAAAUGA